AUGGCCAAUUACAGCAAUGACAACGUCGUUAUCUCGCCCCUUGAUGCAUUCGAGAGGCAGAUAAAGAUGAUGAUUAAGGAACUCAACGACACCCCAAAUAAAUAUGCCAAUAUCGGCAAAGAAUCUCUGGAUGAGAUCAAGGUAGUGACCAAGACGCUUGAUGCUAUCGUAUCGCGCGAGAUUGCCCGCCACCCCCGAAGCGAGACAUACAACCCUGUCCAUGGUGCGGCUGACAUGUCGCGCCGCGACCAACACACCCACGAGCUCCAACGAUCAAUCAGUGAAUGGAGUAAAACCCUGACAAACGAACAGUCGAAUAAUGAUCAGUACCAGCAAUCAGCACCACAAGCUGAGCCAUACACAGCGUACGUCUCGGGUCAACCCGAGCCUUUAUUUCCAGGAAGAGACCAGGGCAAUGUCAACAGCGGCUUCCCUUCACAUGGGGCUGAUGACCAGGCGUCCGUCGCACGUUCUCGCUCGAGUGGACGUUCCGCACCCUAUUUUUGUAAAUUCGAAGGCUGCCCGGUGGGUGAUAAAGCUUUUAAGUUUCUUUCCAAGCUCAGGGAUCAUGAGCGUAGUCAUGAAGCGCCGCAAUUUCCAUGCCCAGUGUGUAACCAGAAGUUCAAGCAAAGUCGCAUCUUGAAGAAGCACCUCUUCAGGGUCCAUAAGACCAACCAAAACCAAGAUGGUGUUAGAGAUGCUGAUGGGACAAUCUCAAACGUGACCUUCUCCGAUCUUGAUAUUACGUCCCGGAUGCAUGCUUUUAAUAUGCACCAAGCUCUUCAAAACCAAACUUAUCAGCUCCAGGCCGGUCUUGUCGAAGAUAUCUUUUUCCCUCCAGCCGUUUUUAAUAACUCUGAUCUCAUUGAUAUCGAUCCUGAGCUCAUGGGGUAUCCAGACAUCUCUUACACAUCCCCCGUGAUGAGCGUGAGUGAAUUUGAGGAUGCCUUUGUGGAUGGGGCUAUCAGGGAUAUUUCACCAGACCAAUAUAUGGUCGGGAGCAAUUACUCAUGA